AAAAAAUAUUACAUCUGAAUAUUGUCAUCAUACAGUGUGUAUAACAAGGCACCGGUUUUAAAAAAUCAAAAUGCCGGCGAAGGGGAUGAAGCCCAUUGCACUGGAGGACGAAUACAGUAAAAAAAACGGUAUCACCCCAGCGGACAUUGCCAAACUACGGCAAUGGGUAAAAACACAACCACAUUUACCAGAAGAGCAUAUCACAGAUUUGGACCUGAUAUUAGCAUACCACUGCUGCAAUCGUAGUUCUGAACUUGCAAAACAAGUGUUGGACCUAAACUUGACCCUUCGCACUCUCUUCAAUAACUAUUUCAAGAAUAGAAAAGUUGACGCUGAAAUUGAACAAAAUGUUAAAGAUAUCGUAUUGACUACUCUACCGAUGCGGACAAGUGAGGGGUACAGAAUUUUCUACAGCCAUUUAAUCGACUACAACCCUAAGCAUUUUAAUUUCGGACAAGCUUUAAGGACUGUACUCAUGAUUCUAGACGUAGCGCAAUUAGAAGAAGGCACGUGGCCUGGCUUUCUUCUUGUCGUGGAUUUUGAAGGAGUGACAUUAGGUCAUUUAGCCAGGAUGGACUUGCAAAACAUUCAGCAACUCCUUUAUUACCUUCAGGAAGCCAUCCUAGUGAAGCUCAUGGGACUACACUUUAUGAAUGCCCCAUCUUUUAUUGACAAGUUGUUACUGAUGAUGAAGCCAUUUAUGAAAAAGACGUUGAUGGACGUCCUACAUAUCCACACAACUGGUUCUAAGACUUUAGAGAAGUUCCUUCCCAUUGAGGCCUUGCCUAAGGAGUCAGGAGGAGAAUACAAAACGUACCAAGAAAUUACUGAUGAUGUUCUUGAAAGACUAAGAGACUACAAGGAUUUCUUUGAGCAAGAGAACAAAAAACGUGUAAUAGAAACCCUCCGGCCUGGAAAGCCGAAGACAAUAUCGGAUAUUUUUGGUGGCGUUGAAGGCUCGUUCAAGAAGUUAGAAAUUGAUUAAAGUAUACAUAACAAUAAGUUU